AUGCCCACCGCUAAUCUGGAUUACCAUUAUCCUGUCCUCUCUGAUCAAACUCUCUGUCACCCCACAGGCCCCCCAAGGAUGGCAGACAAGGUGAUCCCAUGGCAAGUGGCUCAGCUAGGCCGCACCUCGCAUCUGCAGUGCCCUGUGGAGGGUGACCCACCACCACUGACCAUGUGGACCAAGGAUGGCCGUACGAUCCACAGUGGCUGGAGCCGCUUCCGUGUGCUGCCCCAGGGCCUGAAAGUGAAGGAGGUGGAGUCCGAGGAUGCUGGCAUCUACGUGUGCAAGGCCACCAAUGGCUUCGGCAGCCUCCGUGUUAACUACACCCUCAUUGUGAUGGAUGACGUCAGCCCAGGCAAGGAGAGUCUAGGGCCUGAGGGCUCCUCUGGCGUCCAGGAGGACCCAGCCAGUCACCAGUGGGCGUGGCCCCGCUUCACGCAGCCAUCCAAGAUGAGGCACCGUGUGAUCGCACGGCCAGUGGGCAGCUCUGUGUGGCUAAAGUGUGUGGCCAGUGGGCAUCCACGGCCUGACAUCAUGUGGAUGAAGGAUGGCCAGGCUUUGACAUGCCCAGAGGCCAGUGAACACAGGAAGAAGAAGUGGACACUGAGCCUGAAGAACCUGCGGCCGGAGGACAGCGGCAAGUACACAUGCCGAGUGUCGAACAGGGCAGAUGCCAUCAAUGCCACCUAUAAGGUGGACAUGAUCCAGAGGACCCGCUCGAAGCCUGUGCUUACAGGCACACACCCCGUGAACACAACAGUGGACUUUGGGGGGACGACGUCCUUCCAGUGCAAGGUACGCAGCGAUGUGAAGCCUGUGAUCCAGUGGUUGAAGCGGGUGGAGUAUGGUGCUGAGGGCCACCACAACUCCACCAUCGACGUGGGUGGCCAGAAGUUCGUGGAGCUGCCCACAGGCGACGUGUCGUCGCGGCCCGAUGGCUCCUACCUCAACAAGCUCCUCAUCACACGUGCCCGCCAGGAUGAUGCAGGCAUGUACAUCUGCCUGGGCGCCAACACCAUGGGCUACAGCUUCCGCAGUGCCUUCCUCACUGUGCUGCCAGACCCCAAACCACCAGGACCACCAGUGGCCCCCUCUUCCUCAACCACCAGCCUCCCAUGGCCUGUGGUCAUUGGCAUCCCAGCUGGUGCCGUGUUUACCCUGGGCACUGUGCUCCUAUAGCUCUGCCAGGCCAGGAAGAAGCCGUGGACCCCAGCACCUGCCCCUCCCAUGCCUGGGCACCAUCCACCAGGGACAACCCGUGACCAUGGCGGGGAUAAGGACCUGCCUGUGUCGGCUACCCUCAGCCCUGGGCCUGGCAUGGGGUUGUGUGAAGAGCUUGGGCCCCCAGCCGCCCCCCAGCUCCUGCUGGGGUCAGGCCCAGUUACUGGACCCAAGCUCUACCCCAAACUCUACAUGGACAUCCACACGCACACACACACGCACUCACACGUGGAAGGCAAAGUCCACCAGCACCAGCACAUCCACUACCAGUGCUAGACAGCAGCCACUCUAUGGACACCGGAGUGCAGGCUGAGGGCAGACAGGCAGCUGGGUUGAGAGGAGGGGGCUUGGGUGGGGACAGAGCACAAGGAGGGGGC